UCCGCCUCCGCGUCUAUAUUGAACGGGCCCCCAGCGUGUCCAAAUUGUCGGCGCUCUUCAUUUCCAAACCCGUCGACCUACGUCAUCGGCCUGCAUGCAUGCUCACGACUCACUAAAAGCCAGGGUCUGCUAAACACGCCCGCCUCCCCGACAAACCAUGGCCGCUUCCUCUACAGAAACUACUGAUGGCAGCUUGACCGUCACCCACGAAACCCGCCGCACCGCCUACACGACCUUUCUGCACUUGCUUGUCCGGCCUCUCCGUGGCAUCAUCCUUAAACCGCCGCCGCCAUUUCCAAAAGGCAGUCCGCGCCUGACACCGCAUCACAGCGUGAAGAACACCUGCAACGUCACUGAGCGCCGCGUUGCUGAGUUCUGGGUGUACGACGUGGAAACGCGCAUUGGCGAUACCGCCACCAAGACGCCCACCACCAACGACAAUGCCGCAGCCACUGCUCCGUCCUCGUCAAGCAAUACCGCCGCCGACUCAACCUCACCACUGCCCUCUACCCGCUCCCGCCGGCGCGUCAUCUACAUAGCAGGCGGGUCAUGGCGCGCGCCACCGGAGCCGCAGCACUGGCGGCUGGCAGCCAAGAUCGCCUCAACAGUACCAGACACAAUCGUCACGAUCAUCAGCCCGCCGCUCGCGCCGAACGAGACAGCCCCGGACGUGUUCCCCCGCCUGCUGACCUUCUAUGACGAAAUCAUGCACGAGGCGGAACAGAACGGCGAGCGCGUCGUCUGGGCCGGGGACUCGAGCGGGGGGAACCUGGUGCUGGGGAUAGUGGGGGAGGCGCUGGGGCGAGGAGAGGGGGGCACAGCAGACCGGGAAGAGAAGGAAGAGGAGGCGCGAGGCGAGAAAGGCGAGAAAGGGGAAAGCAGCAGCAGGCGCACAAGCGGCAAUGGAGCAGUGCGCGCGCCCGCCGCCCUCCUCCUCAUCAGCCCCAGCGUCGACGCCCGCCGCACCAACCCCGCCAUCGCGGCCAUCGAGCGCAAAGACCCGAUCCUCGACCCCGACGGCAGCCGGCGCAUGGCAGCCGACUGGGCCGGGACCUGGGGGCUCGACGACCCGCGCAUCAGCCCCUCGGCCGCCAUUCCGGCUGCGUCGGCUGCUUCGACCGGCGCGCCCACGCCUAACAACGUGACUGCUGGCGGCGAAGCCAAGGCCGAGCACACGCCCGAGCAUGCCCGCAGACGCUUCCCGGAUCUGCCCGCCUUGCUGACUAGGCACGAUAUCCCCGUCCAUGGCGUCACGGCUGGCUACGACAUUCUGGCGCCGGAUGCGCUGGCGCUGCGGCAUUGGUUUGGCGAGAGGGGCGUGCGUGGGCGCUGGCUGCAUUGGGAGCGCCAGAUGCACUGUUUCCUGCUCGCGGCGCCGUAUAAGCUGUCGGAGGGCAUGGAGGGGCUGAGGUGGGUGCUGCGGGUUUUGGAGGAGAGCACGUAGGUGAGUUGGCGAGGGUGUGUGUGAUACCCUGCUUUUUGUGCGCGUGUUUUGCUAUGGGGCGACCGGAC